CCUGUUAUCACAUGUUCGUUGGUUUGUAACAGAAUGGUUGGCGCCGUUGGCGGUAUUAUUCCGGAGCAUUGGUGUUGGCGCGUAAUGUUAUAAUUGUGUUAUAAUCGUAUCUCACGCUCGCGUCACGUACGACAAUCUAGUUUGACGUGAUGGCAGCGAAACCGGCGAAAAGAGCACCGAAGAAGAAAGGAGGUUAUCAAAUGCCCGAACCGAUACGGGCCGGAGAGAUUCUCAGGGACCUGUCGAAGGGCGAGUGGAUCCUCGGCGAGUCAAUCGGCGUCGGUGGUUUCGGGGAGGUUUAUUCCGCUGCACCAUAUUCUGGAAAAGUUCCCAAAGAUUACAAAGAUUUCCCUAAUGUCAUAAAAAUUGAACCACAUGGAAAUGGCCCAUUAUUUGUAGAAAUGCAUUUUUACAUGAGGAACUGUAAACCAGAUGAAAUUGCUACAUGGAAGUUAAAAAAGAAACUUGCUACACUUGGAGUGCCUAGAUAUGUUGCUUCUGGUAGUCAUGAAUAUAAAUCUACAAAAUAUCGAUUUUUAGUAAUAGAUCGAUAUGGAAAAAAUUUAUGGAAAAUAUUUGAGGAAAACGAUCGACAAUUUCCAGAACAUAUUGUGUACAAGUUAGCUUUGCAAAUAAUAGAUAUAUUAGAAUAUAUUCAUCACAAAAACUAUGUACAUGCUGAUAUCAAAGGAGAAAAUUUGUUAUUGGAUUGGAAGUCAAAUGAUCAAAUCUAUUUAGUCGAUUUUGGUUUAGCUUCUCGUUGUACAUCGAGCACUGAAUUAAAAGCUGAUCCUAAGAAGGCACAUAACGGCACUUUACAAUACACGAGUAGAGACGCUCAUAUGGGAGUACCAACAUGUCGUGGUGAUAUUGAAAUAUUGAGUUAUAAUAUGAUUAUGUGGUUAUGCGGCUCGCUGCCAUGGGAAAAGUUGCUUCAACCAGCUAGCGUUCAGAAAGAGAAAGAAAAGGCUUUCAGUAAUAUAGAUACUUUCCUGGACAAGUGUUUUCAUGGGUCUACUCCACAGGCUGUACACAAAUUCAUGACUUUAGUUGCCAGUAUGAAAUUUAACGAAAUACCAUCUUAUGACAAAUUGAAAGAAAUUUUAAUAACUGGUUUAAAGAAAUUGAAUCAUAAACCAGAUGGAAAAUUAAAAUUAAAUAACAUUAGCAUUUCAACCGAUAAAGCCACUCCUAAAUAUACUCAGAAAAAAAUAAAGAAACCACAAGAAAUGAAGAAUAUAAAUGGAAUAAGAAAGAGUCCUCGUAAGAAAGAUAUUGAUACUCCAAAUUCUAUGAAAAAUUCAAGAAAAAGUACUAUAGGUGUUGUAAUUGACAAAAAGCGUUGUAAUUUGAAAGAUAUCGAGAAAGCAUUAGACGAAAUGGAUUCUGAUGGUGAAUAUGAUAUUCAAAUUCUUAAAAAAGCGAAAAAAACGGACUCUACUGAAAAAGUAAGUACAAUAGCGAAGAAUACAGUUCCAUCACAUAGAAAAAUAGCUUCAAUUAAGUCAGUCAAAGAUGAUACUGAAGAUGAUUCUGAUAUAGAGCCGUUACCAAAACGUUCAAAUAAAACGCGACAAAGAAAGCCAGCCAUAAGUAAAGCAAAACGAAAAAUCAAGUCUUUGGAUGAUUCAGAAACCACUUCUGAAACUGAGAUCAUAUCAAAAGGAACAAAGUCAAGACCAGCUGCGAUUGCUACUAAAAGCAAGGUAACUACCACGAGUAGGGUACAAUCCAAUAAAAUAAUAACUAAGAAUAACAGUUUAUCAGAUGAAGACAUAUUUGAUUAGAGGUAGCAGACUCAACAUGUUGAGGUAUUUCUCUAGAUCAUCCAGAUCUUUAGAUCUAAAAAGAAUACAUCAAUAACAACAAGCGCUCACUCAACUGUUGAGUCCGCUGAAUGAUAACUAAGUACAAUUAUAUGUAGUAUUUGUACUAUAGAAAUGUAAUUACGUAACUUGCAUUUAAACAUUAUUCACUUUUAUACAUAUGGUUUCUGAUGCAUAACAAUAAUUACUAACACGUUAUUUACAUGUUUUGAUCAUAAUAGUGCUAAUGAGUAUCUCAUAAUGUCAGAUUUUUGUAUAUAUGUGAAUAGUUUCCAAAAAUAAAAUUGAAAUAUACGAUUAUUAUGAUAAGUAGUUAUAAAAAUUUA